UAGAGUAAAUAUUUAAAUACUAGUUUUCUACUUUUCAUGGAGAGUAGCUAUCUAUGGAAAUUUUUUUCACUCGAAAUUAUAAGAUAGUUCAAUUUUUAAAUACAGAAUAAAUAAACCAUUUAUAAUUAUAAUAAAUAAUGAAUGACUCUAGCGAAAUAGAUGAAACUUUAGAAGUUGCUUCUAAAACAUGGGAUCGUGUCAUAGAAACUGCAAAUAAAACUGGUUUCAGAGAAGGUGUUGAUGUAGGAUCAGAGGCAGUUCUCCAAGAAGAUUUUGAUAGAGGUUAUGUUGAUGGAUUUAAAAUAGCUUAUAUUUUGGGAAAGUACAAAGGUCUUGCUAAUUCGUUGUUUAAAAAUAUCGAACAUCCGAAAGAAAUAAAUGACAUUCUUGAAAAAACACGCAGAGGAGCCUGUCAUAUCUGCGAGAGCCAAUAUUCCGGAGUUAUACAAGACCAAGCCAAAAUUCUCGCAAAACACGAAGAACAUACAUUAAAAAUAUGUAAAAUUUUACAAGGAUAUUUUGAACCUUUAUUAAAAAAUUUUAAAAUAGAUAUUAAUGAUAUAGACCUUAAGUAGUUUACAGUUAAUUUAUUUUUCGAUAUUUGAUAUCUUGAAAAAAAUACAAGCAUAAAUGAAUAGAUUGGUAAUAAAUGAUUCAGUUUAAUAAAAAGAUAAUAAGAAAUA